GGGUGGGGCCAAGAGAGACGCAGAAGACCGAAGUUGGGGCCUGAGCUGCGCGUGGUCAUGUUGGCCAGUGGGGCUGUGGAUCCCGGGCUCCUGGGGGCUGCUGCCGCCCCCUCGCCCGUCCCGGCCCGACAGCCCGGGCCGGGGCACUUGUUCCGGCCUAUUAGCGCUGAUGACGAGGAGCAGCAGCCUACCGAGAUCGAGUCGCUGUGCAUGAACUGCUACCGCAAUGGCAUGACGCGCCUCCUCCUCACCGAGAUCCCCUUCUUUAGAGAAAUAAUCGUGAGCUCCUUUUCCUGCGAGCACUGUGGCUGGAACAACACGGAGAUCCAGUCCGCAGGCAGGAUACAGGACCAGGGAGUGCGCUAUACUUUGACCGUCAGGGCCCAGGAGGACAUGAACAGAGAAGUAGUGAAGACUGACUCUGCCACCACAAGGAUCCCAGAGCUGGAUUUUGAAAUUCCUGCCUUCAGCCAGAAAGGAGCUCUGACUACUGUUGAAGGAUUGAUCAGCCGUGCUGUCUCUGGCCUGGAGCAGGAUCAGCCCACACGAAGGGCGAAUGAAGAAGCCAUGGCUGAAAGAAUUGAUGAGUUCAUUGUCAAACUGAAGGAGCUAAAGCAAGUGGCCUCUCCUUUCACCCUGAUCAUUGAUGAUCCCUCAGGGAACAGCUUUGUGGAAAACCCAUAUGCUCCCCGGAAAGAUGAUGCCCUGGUGAUCACACACUAUAAUCGGACUCUACAGCAGGAAGAGAAGCUGGGGCUCCAGGCAGAGGAACCAGAAGAGAAACCAGAAGAGGAAGAUCUCAGAAACGAAGUGCUCCAGUUCAACACCAACUGCCCGGAAUGCAAUGCUCCGGCCCAGACCAACAUGAAGCUAGUUCAAAUUCCCCACUUUAAGGAGGUUAUCAUCAUGGCUACCAACUGCGAGAACUGCGGCCAUCGGACCAAUGAGGUGAAAUCUGGAGGAGCAGUAGAGCCCUUGGGCACCAGGAUCACCUUCUACAUCACCGAUCCCUCAGAUAUGACUAGAGACCUGCUCAAGUCCGAGACAUGUAGUUUGGAAAUCCCAGAGCUGGAAUUUGAACUGGGAAUGGCUGUCCUCGGGGGCAAGUUCACCACACUGGAGGGGAUACUGAAAGACAUCCGGGAACUGGUGACCAAGAACCCUUUCACACUGGGCGACAGUUCCAGUCCUGGCCAGACAGAGAAACUGCAGGAGUUUAGCCAGAAGUUGGACCAGAUCCUUGAGGGUAACAUGAAGGCCCACUUUGUUAUGGAUGAUCCAGCAGGAAACAGCUACUUGCAGAACGUGUAUGCACCUGAAGACGAUCCUGAGAUGAAGGUGGAGCAUUAUAAGCGCACAUUUGACCAAAACGAGGAACUGGGGCUCAAUGACAUGAAGACGGAGGGCUAUGAGACAGGUCUGGCUUCCCAGCGGUAGCAGUGGGAGGUUCCCGGCCAGCCUCCAGCGCUGCUCAGACCACGGGGCUAUUUAUUGCUAUUGGAAAAGGCUGGAGUGGCCUCCCCACCAGGCCUUGCCCAUGUGGGGAGGACACCUGGUCUGAGUCGGAGAUCUGAGCAUACUUUCUGAACAGUUUGUGACGGAAAUGCAAGCCUCUUGGGUUACUUGACCUUGUUUUGGAGGAUUUGAAUUGGCCUGGGAAGAAACCCAGAAAUGAACCAUCGGGCAUGUCAUUGUUACUUUUUUCCUAUCAAGUCUUUACCCUCCCUCCACACAAUGCUCUCUCAUGUCGAGCUGGAACUCUGAAGAGCUGGAGAAGGUGGAAGACAGCUACGUCUGGAGUUUGGAAGUUGGGUUGGGUAUAUAAAAUACUGACUCUCAACAGGAAGAGAGUCUUCUGAGGGGAGGGAGUCUAGGACAGGUGAAGAAGUUCUCAUUAAAAUGGUGGCUUUCAAACAGCA